AUGGCUGCCCCGGACUAUUCAAAGCAAGGCUACAAGGACAUUAUCGUCACUCUCGAAGGUUCUAUUUUGACCAUCCUUAUUAAUCGCGCGAAGCAGAGGAACACAUUCGCCGGGACCCUUUUUAAUGAUCUCGUCCAGGUCUUCGAGCUCUCGGACAAGGAUGACCGCGUCCGUGUCAUUAUUAUGACUGCUGAACCCACAGCGCCGGCUUACUGCUCUGGCGCGGAUAUCUCGGGUGGGUGGAGUAGUUUGUGGAAGCCAGAUGAGGAGAAAGAGGGCGAGCAUGGGCAUCGCGACAGUGGGGGCCAACUUUCUUUGGCCAUCUACAACAACCGUAAGAUCACAAUCGCUGCGGUCAACGGGCACGCCGCCGGAAUCGGUAUGACCGCUAUGCAGCUGCCGUUCGACAUCCGUUUCGCCUGGGAAGGUGCGAAAUUCUCGUUCCCAUUCGUCCGACGCGGUAUCGCCCCCGAAGCCGCGUCUUCCUACCUCCUUCCUCGCCUGAUCGGCGUUUCGCGUGCCAACUCGCUCCUUCUCACUGGAGUGACCGUCUCUCCUACCUCGCCGCUCAUCAGGGACCUCUACCACGAGAUCCUACCCUCCCGCGAGGCUGUCUACCCCGCUGCUAAGGCCUUGGCAGAAGACCUCGCGGCCAACACCUCCCAGCUCGCCGUUGCGUAUGCCAAGGGUCUCAUCCAGCACCCAGGCGAUUCCAUCGAGGAGAACCAUAUCCACGACUCGCGUGCGAUCAAGCUCCUCGCGGGUUCUCCGGACGGUGCGGAAGGCGCUCUUGCGUUCAGAGAAAGGCGUUUGCCCAAGUUCCAUGCUACUUUGUCGAAGGAUACCUCUCCGUGGUUCCCUUGGUGGCGAAGGCUAGAUAUCCGAUCUCGUCUGACCAAGUUGUAG